UUUGCCAACGCGGUUAGCUUCAAGACAUGGAGACAACGAUCCCAUUUCCCACCACACAACAUUUGAAAAUUUCUAAUUUGGACGAAUCAUUUCACUUCCAGAAAGCUCCGCAAGAUUCGAAUUCUUCGUAUACUUUUAAGCUAUGCUAACUAGAACCAGAUUGAUUUGAUGAAACCCCAGUGCUCCAAAAACUGAUUCAGAUUGGUAAAGUUUUAGAAACAGACGAAGAAAAAUGGCGCUGGAAUUGGUGGGCGGAGCUGCUUUGGGCGCUGUAGUUGGGGAGCUGCUCAAAGCCAUCUUGGAUUUGGGCGAAAGGGCCCUUAAUUUCAAUCCUGUUCUUAAGGGUAUCACUUCCAAGCUCAGUGCUAUAUCCCCUUUGGUGAAGCAGAUUGAUGAGCUCAAUGAUUUCCUCGAUUACCCAAAAGAAGAAACUCAGAAAUUGAGGGAUUUAAUGGAUGAAGGGAAGCGCCUGCUUCUCCAGUGCGGCGAUGUCAAAUUGGGGAAACUUAAUUAUCUGAAGAAACCAUUCUUCACCCAAAAGCUUCGCGACUUGGAUUCUGCGCUUGGAAGCUUUAUGGACGUUUUGUUGUUGCAAAUGGCUAGAGACCAGAAGAGGAACUUGAAGAUGAUGACCCAAAUGAUGGAGAUUAUUUGCAGACACGAUGGCAGAGGUGGGUCGGGGAAGCCUGUGGAUUUGGUUGUGCCGCGAUGUCUGGUUCCUGAAUUGCGAGAAGAAACUGUUGGGUUGGAGAAGCCAGUUAAGGAGUUGAAGGUGAAACUUCUCAGAAAUGGGGUCCAAAUGUUGGUCGUUACAGCUCCUGGGGGCUGUGGAAAAACUACUCUAGCCUUGAAGUUCUGCCACGACAAAGAAGUCAAAGAUAUAUUCCAGGAGAAGAUCUUGUUUGUUGCAGUUCCAAGAAAACCAGACUUGAAGGUCAUCUUAAAAAACAUAAUUGAAAGCCUCAGAGGCAUUCAAUUUCCUGAUUUGCAAAAUGAUGAACGUGCAUUUUGCUAUUUAGAACUAUGGCUGAAGCAAACUAGUCAAUAUCCUGUAUUGAUUGUCUUGGACGAUGUGUGGAACGGGUCGGAAUCAGAGUACCUUCUUGAUAAGCUUUUCCAAAUGCCUGGCUGCAAGAUCUUGGUCACUUCAAAGUUCUCUUUCCCAAGAUUUAGUGAGUCUUAUUAUUUGGAACCUUUGGACCAUGAGAAUGCAAUAAAGCUUUUUCAUCGCUCAGCAUCAUUGGAGGAGGGAAAUUCCAAGUUCCCUGAUGAAGAAACUGUAGAAAAGAUAAUUGGAGGAUGCAAGAGACUCCCUCUUGCCCUAAAGGUAAUCGGAAGGUCGCUUUCCCGCAGACCGACGUCAGUUUGGAAAGUUACAGGGAGGAACUUGUCUAGAGGUGGCUCUAUAUUUGAUUCUGAGAGAGAACUUCUUGAAUGCCUACAAAGCAGUUUGGAUGUCUUGGAUGAUAAGACAGUAACCAAGGAGAGUUUCAUGGAUUUAGGUUCAUUUCCUGAAGAUAAGAGAAUUGCUGCUUCUACCUUCGUUGAUAUUUGCAGAGUCUUGUAUGAACAAGAUGAAACUGAAGCAUUGGUCACACUCGACGAACUUUCCUCUCGGAGUCUAGUUAGUUCUAUUACGACGAGAAAAUAUGCAUAUGAUGGUGACUACUACGAAGACUACUUUUUCACUCAGCAUGAUAUUCUUAGAGAUUUGGGUAUCCACUUGAUGAAUAUGGAGCCCAUAGAACAAAGAAAGAGAUUGAUCUUGGACAUUAAUGGAAACGAUCUUCCCAAAUGGUGGUUAGAACAAGAGAAGCAUCCCGCCAAUGCGCGCCUCAUAUCCAUAACCACAGAUGAGAGAUUCUCAUCAAGUUGGCCUGACAUGGAAGCACCUGAAGUGGAGGUUCUGAUUCUUAAUUUUCUGUCAAAAGCUUACAACUUGCCUGGCUUCAUCAAGAGAAUGAACAAAUUAAAAGCUUUGGUAAUCACAAAUUUUGGACCUUUUCUAACUGAGAUGACAAGUGAAGAUAAUCAACCACUCAACUACCUAUCAAGUCUUGAACGAAUCAGGUUUGAGCGGACUUCCAUUCCUUUUUUUUUAGGUAAUCCAAACCCGAAACCACUGAUCAAUCUGCAGAAAAUAUCCUUCUUUAUGUGCAAAUUUGGUCAAACUUUCAUGAACCUUUCGACCAAAAUCUCGGAUUUGUUGCCAAGCUUGCUGGAGAUUUCCAUAAACUUCUGCAGUGAUUUGAAUUUAGUCCCCAAUGGGCUGUGUGAAAUUGUUAGUUUGGAGAAAUUGAGCAUUACAAAUUGCCAUGGAUUAUCUUCCUUGCCACAAGAUCUUGGAAAGCUGAUUAAUCUAAAAAAACUGAGGCUUAGAUCCUGCAUUCAUUUAGAAGAGUUGCCCGAGUCGACGACAAAGCUUCGGGAAUUAGUCCAUCUUGAUAUCUCUAACUGUCUUGGUCUUGCCAAGCUCCCAGAGAAGAUUGGCGAGUUGCAGCAUUUAGAAAAGCUUGACAUGAGGCGCUGCUCGAGCUUUCGAGAGUUGCCAUUGUCAAUCCGAAAUCUGAAAAAGUUGAAGCUUUUGUGUGAUAGAGAAAUUGCAGAGUGGUUGAAAAUGGGUGCACCCCGCCUUGCCAGACAGGUGAAAGUACAGGAGGAAGAAGCCAACCUGGAUUGGCUACGAUUAUGAACUAUUCUUUGGUCUAAUACAUUUGUUUGUUUAUUAUGUAAUUUGUUAAGUAUGGAACAAGUAUAGAUCUUCCUAGCAUAUAUAGAAACUUCACCCACAAUUUGUAAGGCAAAUAUUGUAAAGAAAAUGGAAGUCGUCUUCAAAUUCUACAAAUAAAUAC